AUGAAACUCUCAACAUUCCCCCUCAUUCUGGCACUCGUACUUUUCCUUUCGGCCAACACCUGCCGCGGCAUGCAAAAGCAGCCUGGGGAUUGGAAGUGGGUAUGCGCCGGAUGCAACGACCGAUCGGCCCGCCCAACCAAGGCCACGGAGGGGCUCCAAGACAUCAUUGAGACAUGCGGGGCUCCGGGCAAAUUGGAUCCCAACCAAAUAUGUUUAUCAGACCGUAAGAAGCGCGGAGUUCAAUGCUCAAAAGACGACUGUGGAGUAAUCAGCUUGGUCAAUCGCAGAGGAGCGGGCCCGGGGUGCAAUUGUGCUUACAGCCGGGUGUAUGACGGACCAACUACCAGCGUCAACAGCGGGCUUUCUUUGGGAAGAUCUACGUAG